GUUUCAUUAGUUUUGAACUCACUAUUCAAUAUAUUAUUAAAUAAAACUUAUAGUUAUGUUUUUCAUUUACAUUUAUUUUGUACAGUUAACUAAGUAUAACUCGAGAUAGUUGGUGUAUUAUUCAUAACAUGCAUCUUAAAUCCAAAUUUUCUUUUUUUGUAGAUACCAAUGUAAUCUAAAAGACUAACCGAUUAUUUGACAUGGAAAUCCAAAAUAUUAUCGAUUUGAUGUCCACGAUUACCUCAACUCAAUCUGGUGAUCCGUUUUGUGAUUUUAAAAGAGAUUAUUCUGAACAUAACAUUAAUGAAAAAAAUCAAAGUCUCAGAUUUCUUAAUGUUCAAAAAGCAAUUAGACUAUUGUCUGAGUUAAAAGAAUGCUUGUUAAAGCGUCCUGAUAAAAUUUCUGAAGAUAUAACUUUAAGUGCCAAUCAUUGUACUAUAAUUUCAAAGUGCUUAAGCUUUGUUGUCACUUAUGGUUUUACUACAUGUCUUAUACCAAGUAUAUGGAAAUCAUUUGAAAAUGACCAAAAGCAUAUCCAAUUUACCCAAAAAAUUUCAUCUGAUAAAGCAUAUAAAGAACUAAAGCUUUAUGUGAAUUCGUGGUUUGAUUUGAUAAAAGAGCCUACAUUAAAAAGACUUAUAUUAGUAAAACAUAUAAAUGUUUUACUAGCAGGAUUGUGUCAAUUAUCUUUGCUACCCAUUGCAAAGCCUGGUACAGAAAUUGCUGCAGAAAGUAGUAUAGAUGAAUUAAAAUAUGCAUUGAUAAUUGAGCAGAAUAAGUUUAAAAACAUUCUCAAAAAUCUUAUUUUAAUAGAUAGAGAUCCUUUAUUUAUUCGAGAAAUAAUAUUUGUUCUUGGUCGUAAGAAUUGCCAAAAACAUAUAAAGCUCGGACUUGGAGAAUUAUUUUCAGAUUUGUUGAUACAGUCGAAUGGAAUUCAAACAUUUUUAAGAGUGGCAUGUGAUUUAAUUUCUGAAACUUCUCAAAACUUUAACCAACAUGGUUUGCAAGAAUGGUCAACUUUAAUCCAUAAUUAUUACCUAAAAUCAAAACCAAAGUAUACUAAUUAUAUUGUACCUCAGAUAUGGGAGUUAUUAAGAUCCAACACAAAUUUCCAUCAACUUCAAUUUCGUAGCAUUGCUGUUUUUUGCAUUCAUUUAAUGUCAAAAGAAAAUUAUAAUGAUUUUCUAGCAUUUUAUAUAAGCCCAAUUGAACAGUUAAUGAAAAUAAGUAAAAUUCAAAAUGUGUCAAGGUGUAUUGAAGAUUUACAUUCUCUUUUUUAUUUAUUCCGGAAUGAAAUUUGGUCUUUAAGUCCAAAAUUAUUGACACAUGUUGCUGCAAUUAUAUAUAAUGUGUAUACAGCUACUGCUAAUGGUGUAUACUAUUUGAAAUCUAAACUAGAAGAUUUAGUUUUCUUAAUAUUAACAUAUUUUUCUAGUUCUAAAGAUCAUUUAAAACUGAUUAUAUUUUCUCCAUACCAAAUUUCUGUAAAUUAUGAUGAUGGUGGAAAUAUACAAAUAAAAUAUGCUGAAAAAGAACACCAGUUAAAUUUAGAAAGUCAUGUUGAUUUGAUUUUAAACUUAAUUGACAAGCGUGCAGACUCAAAAUUGAUGAAAACAGUAUUUAUAACUUUUCUUGAUAUGUACACAGAUGUAUCGUCAAAGGAAUAUUCUAUUAUGGAAAAAUUAUUUAUUGUUAAAGCAAUUCAUCAUUUAAUUGAAAAAGAUGAUGUGCAGAAAUCAAUAUCUACUGAUCCAGAAAUAGUUUUAGAUUUCAUUAAGUCAAUACUAAAAGUUAUAAGCGAAAACAAUGUAAUUGAUAUCGAAGUUCUUUCUAUAGCAUUGAUGGUACUUGGAUGUGUACUAGAAAAUGCCAAAAAAAAUAGUCAGUUUGACUGUUUAAUAAACUACCUCACAAAAAUUUCUGAAAAUAUAAAAGAUGCCACGUUUAAAGAUUUAAUUUUAGAAACGCAAGAGAAAAUUAAACAAGCUCAUAAUAUUAGUUCAAAACAACCAGCAGUUGUUCAACGUACAAUUGAUGAUGUGUUAUUUGAUACUAGGGACCCAUUAUUACCUUGUAGAUCUCACGCAUUAAUUGAAUUAAAAAAAAUUAUAGAAUCUGGAGACAAAAUGGUUUCUACAAAGAAAACAGAAAUAUUAAUCGUGAUUCAAGAAAACUUGAAAAAUACUGAUUCAUAUUUGUAUUUAAGUGCCAUAUUCACUUUGUCUUCUUUGUGUUCAUAUUUUCCAAAUGACAUUCUCCCUAUACUUUGUGAAGAGUACAGUAUGCCAAUAAAUUAUAACCAUUCACCGGAAACCAGAUUAAAAAUUGGCGAAGUCUUAAUGAAAACUGUAAAAUUGUUAAAUGAGACUAUUCCUUUGUAUAAAAAUCGAUUACUAAACACUUUUAUGGCUGGUGUCAGAGACUAUGAUCAUUUAGUCAGAGCAUCAAGUCUUUCGAAUCUGGCUGACAUUUGUCGACUCUUGCGUUACAAUCUUGGAUCAAUUGUUGCUGAAAUUGUAAACUGUGCAGAUUACGUUCUGCGAUAUGAUCCAGCAACUGAACCUCGUAGAGCAGCUGUUUUAUUAUUACAAAUGAUCAUUCAAGGAGGUGAUUCAGAACUACUCGAAAUUUUGACAGAUAGUAUAAAAGAUAUCUAUCAUAUGCUCAAGUUCCAAUAUCAAUGCGACAAAGAUGAAACUAUCAAACUACACGCUCAAGUGGCAAUAGAGAGAUUGAAUGAUAUAAUGAAAUCUUUAUUUUUGGAACCAAAAUAAAUAAUAUAAUUCAUUUUUUACAAUAAAUAAUGUAUAAUUUCA